AGCGUCACUCCAGCGUUAAGUGUAAAACUCAAACAUUAAUUCAGUAUGACUAGUCUUUUGUAGCGUCAUUUAUGAGUCUCAAUGUGUUGCUGAGCUGUCGGGUCUUAUACGGCUUCAGUAUGUGUACAUACGUGUAUCAAGGUGUUCAACCGUUACUUAAAAUGUAUAUAUUUUUUGCCCUGUAGCCUCUAAUUUUAAAAAAAGCAAAGAUGAAAAUCUUGAUGAUGGAAACAGUUAUCUUCAUUUUGGUUUGAGUUAAGCUUGCAGGAGAGGCAAGCUCUUACCUGUUUUGCCUGCAACUAUUCUGUAUGUGUCCUGACCUGUUACAGUUUAAACUUUCACAAUGAUCUUUUAGUAAAGUAAGAACCUUUAACUAUUUAAUCUUCAUUUUUUUUGAAGAGUACCAAUAAUUCAUUUUAUAACUUGGAACAACUCUAGUGUAGUGUAUGUUACUAUACUAAGACAAAGUUAGGAUCAGAAUGGUCAUAUAGAUCAGAGUCUUUUUUUAAUGCCUACCUCUAACAUUAACGUGAAAUAACAUGGGUUUUCUGGCCUUUCCUGUUGGUGUAGAUAUGAUUCCUCUGUUUUUGUGUGCUUGUAGUUUAUGAAUAUACUCUUGCACUGAAUAACCUCUGAAGGUUUUUCUGUUGUAAAUGUUAAUUGCACCCCGGUCUUUGCCAAGCCUGCUUCAUGCCCCAAGCAGGUUAAAUGGAUGGAUUGUGACAGCAAAAACUCGUAGAAAAGUAGCAGAGCUUUAGUACAGGCUACUGCACACAGCUGGUCCUGGCAUUGGUCUGAGGUUUGGCAAUCCUCUCCUCAACUCUGACACCGUUUGUGUGACAUGGAGCCAGACGAGGACCUAAACCCUGUCACAGAUGACCUUCCACUACGAGCCAAUACCAACCACAUACUUGUCAGGCAUUAUGUGCUCGACCUGACUGUUCAGUUUGACAGGAAAGUCAUCAGUGGUAGUGUUGUUCUGUUCCUGGAGCCUUGCUCUGGGGUGGAAACUGAGGAUGAUGUUGGACCUGGAGCUGCUGAGGGAUCCAGAACUGUAGAAGCUGGAGGUAGUCAGGAUGGGUCUGCAUGUAGACUUCACAAUGUGGAGGAUGGUGCAAAAGGACUUGGGAACACUACAACAAGUACUGAUCAGAUGUUUGGUGCUAGAGAAAGAGACAGAGCUGAAAUUCAGCCUGUGUCCGUGGUCGGAUCACAGACUACACCUGAAUCCAAAAAUAUUCAGUCUUCACGUUUGUGGGAAACCACCAGUGACGGGGAUUUCACUUUGGUGCUGGACUGCUGUGACCUCAAUGUGUCAAAGGUCGAAGAGGUGGACAUCACCUCUGUGACAUCCAUGUCUUGCCUCCUACCAGAAGUUGCAUGUGAGAGGUCAUGGAUAGGCUCAGUGAAUCCACAAGCAGCCUUUAUCCAGAAUCUAAUCUCCAUGCCCAGCAGUCGAUGGAGGCAUAAGCACCAGCUCUUUUUGCUGUGUAGCCGUGCCUCUGGUGCUCAGGAUGGCAGCUCACUGCAGUUUCACAGAGAUCGAUGGAGUCUGCAGGUGACGAAGAAAGGGGUGGCAUCACCUCAGGAGUUUCCUCACGCUCUCAGGAUCUGCUAUGAGACGAAGCCAACAGGAGGCUCUGUGAGAUGGACCACAGACCAGGACAACAGGGUGUGUGUUUACACUGCCGGCUCUCCCAUCAACAACCGAGCCCUUUUCCCCUGCCAGGAGCCGCCUGUUGCCAUGUCAACAUGGCAGGCAACAGUACGGGCCCCCGGUGAGUGUGUGGUUUUGAUGAGCGGGGAAGAGCAGACUGCACCUAUUGAGGAUGGAGACACAGGUUUCUUAGUCUGGAAUUACUAUGUCACUAUGCCCAUGCCAGCCUCCACCUUCACCCUGGCAGUGGGUCACUGGCGUCAAAUCUCAGCAGGAAAUCCCCCAGCACUGGGAGAAGGGGUGAGGGACAAGGCCGACUGUGGCAAGACUGCCAAACUCAGGGCUGGACCUCGGCAGCAGGCUGAUGCUGAGUUUGAAUCUGGACUUGGAAGCUCUACCAGCAAAGUAGUAAAGGGCUCCCCACUCCAGACUAGCAGAGACCAGACCACCCGCACAGACUCUGUAUUCUGUUACUCUUCCCUUGAGGAUGAGGGGCUCUCUGCAACUGAUUAUUCAGGCAUGGUGGAUGACGGCAUCUCUUGUUCCCAUGGCGACUACCCUUGCCGAUUUACUGAGCGGUCGGCUAGGUCCCAGCGGGUGAUUCCACAUCGUGUGUUUGGCCCCGUCAGCUUGUUGCAGAAGGCCCAGGCAGUCGUCAAGCUGUUGCCUCGAUGUCUGGCUGCAGCCCACACCAUCCUGGGGGUCCACCCCUUUCCCCGCCUUGAUGUCCUCAUUGUCCCAGCAGGGUUCUCCAGUCUGGGCAUGGCCAGCCCCCAUAUAAUCUUCCUGUCCCAGAGUGUACUGUAUGCCUCGAGUUCUGGUUCUGGAGAGAACAGCCUGUCUCUGUGUGGGUCCAGGAUGUGCCAUGAGAUUGCCCACUCGUGGUUUGGCCUGGUUAUUGGAGCCAGAGACUGGACUGAGGAAUGGAUCAGCGAGGGCUUUGCCACCUACCUGGAGGAUAUUAUCUGGGCCCAAGCACAGCAACUCUCUUUACAAGAGACAGGAGAACAGUCUGACCUGAAAGCCUUGCUGAGGUGGAGACGACUCUCUGAUGAGUUGAAGAACUCAGAGGAGGAACUUCAAAUCCUCAGACCUAACACGGAGAACACCGGUCAGGUCAAUGAGUCCGGCUCUUCCACUGUUAAACAUGCCCUCAACCCUGACAAAGCCUUCAUGCAAGUCCAUUACCUCAAGGGUUACUUCCUCCUCAGGUUCUUGGCCAGUCAAGUGGGAGAGCAGCAAUUCAUCGACUUCUUCAGAUUAUUUGUGAAGAAAUACCACGGGCAACUCAUUUUAUCUCAGGAUUUCCUAAGAAUGCUGCUGAUUGUCUUUCCCGACAUGGAGAGAAAAGGCAUUAGCCUCGGUGCUAUUUAUGCUGACUGGCUCGAUCAACCAGGAAUCCCAAAGUGGCUGUAUGAAAGGAGCGCCGUGUGGUCACAGGCGAGGCUGGUGGAAGAAGUCAAAGCAGAGGUUGUAAAAUGGAUUCUCUUCAGUCAGAGUCAUCAGGGGAAGGGCAGAAAGCGGAAAAGAAUAGAGCCCAAGGUGAACUACAGAGAGGUGACGUCGGAGCAGCUAGUGAUGCUUUUGGAGCUUCUGCUCGAAGAAGAGGAGCUAAGCGUUGCAACAAUGCGCGCUCUGGAGAGAACUUACGACCUACAGAAUCAAGACGCUGAGGUGCGCCAUCGCUGGUGCGAGCUGGUGGUCAAACAUGCGUACACUCGGGCUUACAGAGAUGUGGAACACUUUCUGGUUCAUGACCAAGCCAUGGGUGUGUAUCUGUAUGGGGAGCUGAUGGUUCAGGAGGACCCUGAGCAGCAGGCUCUGGCCUUUCGCUGCCUCUCAUUGGUCCAGGAAGAAAUGGACCAGUCGGCACGCAGAGUGGUGGAGGAGAUGGUCCUAUGACACUGGAGGUUGCUGACUGCAGAUGGAGAUGACAGGAGUUUGGCACACGGGGGUGUAUGGGGGUCCAGCACUCACCUCUUCUUCCUCUGUAGCAGAGGGGACGCUGCAGAAUCGCUCGGCAGCGUGAACACCAGAAGGCUGUACUCUUCCUCUACAGCCAAGGCCAACUGGCAAGUUUUAGAGCACAGCAGUUCUGUUCAUUCAAGUCUAAAGAGAGUGUGAUUGUGUGUGUGUGUGUGUGUGUGUGUGUGAAUUAAAAACAAUACCAGCUGUUCAGAGUGAGAUAUGAUGUUGUUGCCUGCAUUACUGUUGUGGUAAGAGAGAAAAAUUACAUCAUUUCACCUGUUGAAAAUGACAGAUCAUGUAAAAAGACUUUGUCCCCCCCCCCCCAUUCACAUUUAAGAACCUGAGCUGCUGUGUUUAAGUUUGUUUCUCCGUGUGUGCGUCGUGUGGCUGCGUCCGUGUGAGUUCAUGUUUGUUUAGUCUGAAGCCACGAUCUGCUUCUUAAGAGUUUAGAAUGGAAAUACUUUGUCAUGUUUUCAUACAUAACAAAUUACUUCACUCUGGCCUGCGACAACGCUGGAAAAUAUACAACAGACAACUCUGGGUAUUUCUGCAAGCAGAAAUGACAAUUUUUCUCCGUAUAAUUUUAAGUGAAAAUCUUUGAUAUGUUCACGCUGAAAUAAAAUGAUGUUUUCUUAAAAUAAA